GACAAAGCCAGCACAUUGCAAAUUUUGCACCGAUCACCUGUAGGCGCUUUGGAUAGUUCUAAAGUGGAUAGGUUAUCCGGCUUGACGGAAACUAAAAAAGUAUUCUUGCGCAGUUCCAAUUCCUGAUUUCUCGUCGUUUUGUCAGUGAAUUCACUCCUGCUUAAUAAUAGCCUUUUGGCGAGCGCUCAAACCGCGACUGAGACUCUAGUCGCGAGGAUUGUUAGGGCUAUCUCCUCCACUUGUACGCACGCGUUCACACAUGGGGCCGCCGUAAUUAGAGCUUAGAUCAUAUAUAGCAGUGCAAAGCUGCAGCCCUAGGGCGCUGCGCCAUCAGUGAUAUAUCCAGCAGCCCUCAUUCUGGGCAUGAGUCGUCAAAACCAACGCUUUCAGAGUCCCUUCGGAGCAGGCAGAAAGCAGCCCGAAGGUCUCAACCAGCAGACGUUCUUAUCAGGGGCAGGGGUGCAUGCAGCUCUUAACGGUCUCGGCUAUGGCACCAAUGGCAGGACGCUGCCCAACGGUGCCAAUGGCAUCCCCUACUUGCAACCGUCAAUCUUUGCAAGUCCGAAAGCCCCUGCUGGGGCGCGCACAAACAGCGACCCCCCCACGCCCACCGCCAACCCCAACAACUCCCUACCCGCCGGUCGCCCCUCCGCUCAGACACCAGGGCGCAGCGCUCCGUUGGGUUCCGGAGCCAAGCUCGGCAUGCCCGGCUACACCGUAACCACCACCACUCCCUCCCGCAAAAACAGCGGCUCCCUCAACAACACCGCCUCUGGCGGCGUCAUCGCCGGCAUCGGCCGCUUGGUGGACGCCACCAUUCGCAGCAGCCCCAACGUAUCCACCAGCGGCACCACUGCCGCCGCCGCCCCCGGCACCAGCCUGAGCGUCAUCGGCUCCGGAACCAUGCGCAACAGCACCUCCGGAGGUCCCUCCGGCGCUGCUGCUGCCGGCCUCAGCGCCACGGUCCCCCUCAGCCGCCCCGGCAGCGGCACAACCCACCACAACCACCAUGGAGGGCUGCUGGCCACCAUGCCCGCCGGCGGGAGACCUGGAGGAGGCGCCGGUGGCGGUGCUGCCCCGGUGCCUCCCGCCGGCCACCGCGGCGGCGGCGGCACCCACCCCACCGUGCCCGGCCUGACCUUCUCCGUGGGGUCCAACCAGUCCAUGGGCAGUCGCGGCUACCAGGAGGACUACCGCUCCAUAGCCGACAGCAGCACCACACCCGGGCUCAGCCACCUGCCCAAUGUGAUGCUGGGGGCGGCGGUGUACGACGGACAUGGCGGCAAGCAGGUGUCCCACUGGCUCUCCUCCUCCUACUGCCUGCUCAACCGCGCCAUGGAGGCGGUGCAGCAGCUCAUCACGGGCGGCGGCUCGCCCAACGACGUGGCCAGCGUGCUGGACGACGUCUUCACAGCAUGCGGCAACGCGGCCGCAGCGGGCCGCAUGACAGCCGGCUCCUGCGUCGCCAUGGCGCUGCUGGUGCAGUCGGGCGGGGUGCCGUGGGUGUUGUCGGCGAAUGUGGGGGACAGCCGGACGAUUCUGGUGAGCUGGGACGACAUGGAUGGGCCGGGCAUGGCGGGCGGCGGGCCGAGCAGUGCGCUGGGCGGGCGCACGGAGGCGACGCAGCUGUCGGUGGAUCACAAGCUGGGGCCGGCGAAGACGAGUGAGGAGACGCGGAGGGUGCAGGCUGCCGGCGGUACCGUCAUCCAGUUGUUCGGCACCUGGCGCAUCGACGGCAGUCUGGCGGUGGCCCGGGCCAUUGGUGACAGCGACUUCGCGCGCUACGUGUCCUGCCGACCCACGGUUCAGUGCCGGCAGCUGCAGCGCCGGGACCGCUGGCUCAUUAUCGCUUCGGAUGGGCUGUGGGACGUGAUGACGAACGAGGAGGUCGCCAUGUUCUGCCGGGCGCAGCACCAGCUCUCAGCCACAAAGCUUUCCGAGGCGCUUGUACGGGAGGCCGUACGGAACCGCGGGUCGGGGGACAACACCACCGUCAUUGCCGUACGAUUGCAGUACAGCGGGGCUCCGUAGCAGCCAACCGCCGCCACCGCCACUAAUGCUGCAGCCGCAGCUGCCGUCACCGCCGCCACCGCAGCCGUCCCCGCCCCUGUUGCUCGUCGCCAAGCACCGGGUCCGGGGCCUUCUUGCGGGAUGCAGACCGGCCGCAGGGACGCGGUUGCCAUAGCGACCGGCAAAACGACGACAACCUUUGGCACCAUGACAGCGGCACAGGCUGCAAGGGCGGCAAGAGCGAACACGCUUUCCCCGCCUCAGAACGCUCAACAACGCCCCCACCAACACCCACAGCAUCUGCAGCAGCCCUCUCAGCGGACAUUACGACCCCAGCAGCAACAGCAGCAGCUGCUGCAGGCGAAGGGUGAGCAUGCGCUGAGAAAGCAGUUGGUACGACAACAACAAACACAGCAGCAGCAGCAGCAGCACCUGCACCAACAGCAGCAGCAGAAGCCGCAGCAGAGGCAGGUGGGGGUGGCGGUGGCCAGGGCAGCAGGGGAGCUAGCGGGUCAGCCGGGCAGGCGGCCGGGCAGCCGGGGGCGGGCGCAGGUGCAGCUCCCCAGACUGGCAGCAGGCAGCCAGCAACAGCAUCGAGGUCGGCAGCGAUGAACAUGCUAUGACAUGAUGCUUCAUGUGGGUCAUGUCCGAAGCUGGUGCGAUGUCUGCGUGGCAGCGCUCCUGUGCAUCCUGGCGUUGGCGGCGGCGGCGGCAGAUGCAGUACAGCAGCAGUGGCGGUGGCGGCGGGUUUGGCAUACGGGUCCUCCCUUGUUAGCAGCAGUAGCGGCGGCGGCGGGGGCGGGCGGACGUUGACGGCAGGAGGGACGCUGGGCGAGGGCACAGGUGCUUCUGGUAAUGGUGGUUGUGCCACUUCUUCGCGACGUUGUAUGUCGCCAUGCGUCGGGAUGUGUGGCAGGGCGUGACUCGGACACGGAGUGAGGUGGCCCCUCGCCGCCGUACAGAGUCCUGCCACCCGUUCGUGUGCCUGCGAACUAAGCACCGAUGUGAACGCGAAGAGGAACGAAGCGAAUAGCGAGGAGUGUUUCAGCGAUGCGGAUGAGCCGUGGGUGGCGCGAUUGGGGUGUUUUAUUGGCGCGGGGAGCGGUAGAGCGAAAUAUGGAGGUGGCAGCCGGACAGCUUGGAUUGUGUCUCGUUCCGAACGUGUUUAGAGCUCGUUUGUCCUGUGAGUGUGCGUCCGUGUGUGGUGGUGGUGGUGGGGUGAUUGGCGUCACCGUACAGUUGUCUCCUUUUCCACGGUGUAUAGCGUCCUGUAGUGUUUUUGUUGUGCAUGUUUCUUAGCUCGUUUGUGCUGCUUGUUGCGGCCACGGCCCUAGAGACAAUGUGAGUAGGUAGGAUUCGAUUAGUGGCAAAUAUACUGCAUAUGGUGCUAGCAGGGCGAAGACUCGGGGAGGCCCCUGUAGAGACCCUAUGAAGUCAAGUUUUGGGAGAACCGCCGGAACACCGCGAAGGUUGGUAUGUGUGGUGCGAGACGAUUGAUGCUAGGGGUUGGGGAGGAGGGAUGAGAAGAUAUGGGGGUUUCAUCCUUUGGGUGAGGAAGGGCUCUUGUGCGGCGAUUGUCCAGAGGAUAGACGCAUGGGUGCAGCUCUCGGUGAGGGGUUCGUACCGUGUGAUUGAAGGGCCCAUGUUCCGCUCGCUCGUACAAGACAACAGAUUGACAUUGUCAUCCGUACGGACACUGCUCAGGUAGAGGAACAGAACACGGACUGAAUCCGCGCGCGCGAUGUGAAGUGCGGCGCGGCGUGUGUUGAAUCACUUGUCCCUGUUUGUUUGUUUCGAUCUGAGUGGCAGGUGCCUUUUGUUGUGUUGACGCUUGGUCUAAUAGGAGUGCUGGAACGGCGGUUUGGGGGGGGAGGUGCGGAGAUGGUUUCGGGGCGAGCCAGUCCCCACAAGCGUAGUAGUUUGCAGGUGUAUGGUAAACGCGUGCGGCUUCCCUCCCUCCAACUCGGCAGGCAGGGGUGUGAUCCGUACGGCGCACGUGCGCAUAAAGUCCGGAC